AUGGCUCCUCAUUACCAAGCUGCUACCUUGAUUGCCUCUCCGUCUUACCCAAAUGCCAUUGCUUGGUCAAGUGACAAUAUCGUGGCUGUCGCAUCUGGUCAUAUUGUAACUAUUCUGAAAUUACAUGAAGAGAAUGAGAAGCUUUUUGACAGAGUUACAGAGAAGUCACGAUUAGGAAGUGCUCCACAGGCUUCAAGCCCUUCAGCAAACAAGCCAGCUAAUGGUCAAGGAAGGGAGAUAGGCAGGAGUGACAGCAGCAAAAGUCGAUCACCAGAUGUGUUUGCAUCACCAGUGUCUCAGGAUAAAACUGGAAACAGUGGAGCUAUUGUAAAAUCAAGCAAUGAGCUAGCAAAAACUACACCUGCUGGGGAGUACCUUACGUCUGCACUAAUGGAUUUUGAUCCUGACCAGUUUGAGGGAUUUGUAGCAAUAGUUGAUGGUGCUAAUAAGCUUUUGAUGCUGGUAAUUAGUACCAUCCCAACAUAUAAUAUUAUUACUGGAUUUACUAUACCUUUUGUUGUGGCAACUAAGCUAGUUUUGCUUCUUUCCUUAUAUUGUCCUCGCCUGCCCUUGUACGGUUCAUGCACCCAGAGUGAUCAGUGGGUUCAAACUUCAAACCCCGCUUCAAGUUUCCCAGGAUCAGAGUGUCCACAGAUUUCAAACCCUGCUUCCAGUUUCCCAGACAUGACCUGCUCUAAAAUCUGCCUGAGGACAAGCUCUACACUAGGGUUAGCUCCAAUGCUCCAUUGA